AUGCCAUCAGUUAAUAAAAUCACGAAAUUUAGUAAUUUGUUAUUUAAGUUAUUUGAUGUGACAUUAGAUGAGUAUAAAAGCUUAUUAAUUGAAUGUAAUGGGUAUAUGAGAGAAUUUAAUAUAGAUAAAUCAAACAGAAGAAGUUACAUAGAUAAUAUUCUUAAAAUACUACUGAGAGUUCCACUAAUAAGUAAUGAUUUAGUGAGUAAUAAGAAGUUUAUUAACAAUUUAAUACUUUCACUUAAUAAUAAAGACUUAUUUAAUACAUCUAUUGAAGUAUUAAUUAUAAUUAUGAAUACAGUUAAGAAUGUACCUGAAAUUAUCAAGUCAAAGAAGUUUAUUUUCUUUAUAAUUAAUAAGUUGUUUCUAUCUUUAGUAAUUAAAGAGGAUAUUAAGAGUGAUUUAGAUAUUCUUUAUGAAGAAAAUAUAAAAGUAAGUAAUCUUAAUGAUUUAUCCAGGUUAAUAAUUAGAUUUAUUGAUUGUUUACUAGUAAAUAGUAAAUCUAGUAUUAGUAUAUGUUACUCACUUGGGUUGUUUAAACUACUUAAUAGUUUAAUAUGUUAUGAAGUAUUAGAACUUUAUAAUAAUAUUUUUAAAAACAUUGAAAUUAAUAUAUUUUAUAUGAAUAAAGAAGAAGUGUUUAAUAAUGAAAGAAUCACUAACAAUGAAAUUUAUGAAAUUAAUAGAAAAUAUUUUGAUACGGAGAUUGUAUUUAGAAAUAAAGAAAUAUUCAGGUAUAAAACAAAUGAUUCAUUUUCAAAUAGUAUAAUUUAUAUGGAAAUUUACAAAAAUUGUUUAGAAACUAAUUUAUUUCAUUUUAUUGAUUUAUCACCAAUAAGACUUAUAAACAUGAUUAAUUACAAGGUGUUAAAUAACAAUAAUAUUAAUAAUUCUUUACUUACAUCUUUUAUUCAAAUGUUUCAAGAUGAAAAGAACAUAAAAAGUAAUACAGAUGAUAUUAAUAUAAUAGUUAGGUAUUUUAGAAGAGUAGCACUUAGUAAUUUUAGGAAUGGAGAUAAACUUUUAUUUGAUGAUGAAAGUAAACAUCUAUUUGGUAAAAAAUUAGUUAGUUUGAUAAACAAUACUAAUAAAGGGGUUUUAAUAAGAAAUUCAGUUAUUAUACUUAGCUUCCUUAAUUAUCAUACAAAUCUUGAUAUUGAUAAGUUAUUUAAAACACUGGAAUAUAAAUGUGAAUAUAUUGAGGAAGACGUGUGUGAAUGUGCCUUUAUUGUAAAUUUAUUAUUUAAUUAUUAUAAUAAAGAAAACAAAUUAUUUUAUAAACCUUCAUAUCUAAUUUUAUUAAGAAAUAUAAGAGAUCAUUUAAUAGAGUUUAAUCAUUUAAUAGAUGAGUAUUUUACUGAUUUUAAUGAGUUUGUUUUACAAGAUGAUAAUGUUAUGAAAAUAUUUGUUAAUAAGUAA